CAGGUCAUGUUUGUACGCUUUCCGCCUCCAAUAAAUAUCUGAUAAUGCAGGACUCUGCUACUGUCAUUUCAGGGGCAUAACAGGACUUGACCUUUCGUCCAUAACUCUUUUCAAGACUCCAAAAACAUAAAGAGUUCACAACUGGUCAUGUUAAGAUUUACACUUGCCUGCUUAUUCUUCUUUAUUGCUUCGCUGGAAGCAAGAAAAGUUACAGAAGCUUACUUGCAUCAUGGAAAGAUUGUCAAAAUAACAAAAGAAGUGGAAGACGAGCCAGAGACAGUAGAGAAGCGUAAUGCUAAUCCGUGUGGUUACGGAUGUCCGGCUUUAUGUGCUCCUACAUGCAACCCAUCGUGUUGUGCCCCUCCGCCGCCGCCGCCACCACCACCACCUCCACCACCACCCCCGUGCCCCGUACCUUGCCCCAUGCCAGGACCCCCUGGACAACCUGGAUGCAUGGGACCACCCGGACUUCCCGGAUGUCGAGGAUUUCCUGGUCUUCCCGGAUGCAUGGGACCAAUGGGACCGAUGGGACCUCCUGGUUCACCUGGAUGCCCCGGUCUGCCCGCACCGCCACCACUACAAUGUCCACCCAUCUGCAUCCAUUACUGCAUGAGAAUCUGUCCACAGCAGUGCUGCACAGCCCCACCUCCACCAAUUAUGCUUCCCCCACCACCCCCUCCUCCUAUGCCCAUGCCAUUCUGUGCACCUUCGUGUGCACCAGCAUGUUGUAGGGGCAAAGUAAAAAAAUCUUAAAAUUGACGGGAAAGAUGAAGACGAGCAAUAUUGGAACACUUACAAGUGCACUACUAAACCAAAUAUGUAAAGAAACAUUUUCACCGUGGGUUUGGGGACAGUGAGCACUGAGUGCAUACUGAGGAAAGGCAAUGCAAGUGAACGCUUUUGUACAUGACAACUAGUUUAUCAAAACUCGCCGUAGAA